CGGACCGAGGAGAUCCGAGUAGGGCCGAGGCCGGUGGCACCGCGGCCCAAAGCUGAGGUGGCAGGGCGCGCCCCACCCAGCGGCCAGGCGGAGCCUAAGAUGCUGGCUUCUGCCAGGCGGCCCCGCCCGGGCCCCCAGCCGCCUCCGGCCUCGCCCUUCCCGCUGCUGCUGCUGGCGGUGCUGAGCGGCCCGGUAUCCGGCCGCGUCCCCCGCUCGGUUCCCAGGACCUCGCUUCCUAUCUCCGAGGCUGACUCCUAUCUCACCCGGUUCACCGUCCCUCAGACAUACAAUUACUCUGUCCUCCUUGUGGAUCCUGCUUCCCAUACACUUUAUGUCGGCGCCCGGGACACCGUCUUCGCUUUAUCCCUGCCCUUCUCAGGGGAGAGGCCCCGCAGGAUUGACUGGAUGGUGCCUGAGGCCCACAGACAGAACUGUAGGAAGAAAGGCAAGAAGGAGGACGAAUGUCACAAUUUUGUCCAGAUACUCGCCAUUGCCAAUGCCUCUCACCUCCUCACUUGUGGCACCUUCGCUUUUGAUCCGAAGUGCGGGGUUAUUGAUGUGUCCAGUUUCCAGCAGGUUGAAAGACUUGAGAGUGGCCGAGGGAAAUGUCCUUUUGAGCCAGCUCAGCGGUCAGCAGCUGUAAUGGCUGGGGGGGUCCUCUAUGCUGCUACUGUGAAAAACUACCUGGGGACGGAGCCAAUUAUCUCCCGGGCUGUGGGUCGUGCUGAGGACUGGAUUCGGACAGAGACCUUGCCAUCCUGGCUUAACGCCCCAGCCUUUGUUGCAGCCGUGGCCUUGAGCCCAGCCGAGUGGGGGGAUGAAGAUGGAGAUGAUGAGAUCUACUUCUUCUUUACGGAGACUUCCCGAGCAUUGGACUCAUAUGAGCGCAUUAAGGUCCCACGGGUGGCCCGUGUAUGUGCGGGGGACCUUGGGGGCCGGAAGACCCUCCAGCACAGAUGGACGACAUUUCUGAAAGCUGACCUGCUAUGUCCAGGGCCUGAGCAUGGCCGGGCCUCCAGUGUCCUGCAGGACGUGGCCAUUCUUCGACCUGAGCAUGGAUCGGGGGCCCUCAUCUUUUAUGGCAUCUUUUCCUCCCAGUGGGAGGGGGCUGCCAUCUCUGCUCUCUGUGCCUUCCUACCACAAGACAUUCGGACAGUGCUGAAUGGUCCCUUCAGAGAGCUGAAACAUGACUGCAACAGGGGGAUGCCUGUCAUGGACAAUGACGUACCCCAGCCCAGACCUGGAGAGUGCAUUGCCAACAACAUGAAGCUCCAGCAGUUUGGGUCAUCACUCUCCCUGCCUGACCGUGUGCUCACCUUCAUCCGGGACCACCCACUCAUGGACAGGCCGGUAUUUCCCACUGAUGGGCAUCCCCUGCUCGUCACUACAGAUACAGCCUAUCUCAGAAUUGUGGCCCACAGGGUGACCAGCCUCUCAGGGAAAGAGUACGAUGUGCUCUACCUGGGGACAGAGGAUGGACACCUCCACCGAGCAGUGCAGAUUGGACCCCAGCUCAGCGUCCUGGAGGAUCUGGCCUUAUUCCCUGAGCCACAGCCAAUUGAGAGCAUGAAAUUGUACAAAAACUGGCUCCUGGUGGGCUCCCAUACUGAGGUGACACAAGUGAACACAACCAACUGUGGCCGUCUCCAGAGCUGCUCAGAGUGCAUCCUGGCCCAAGACCCUGUCUGUGCCUGGAGCUUCCGGCUGGAUGCGUGUGUGGCCCAUGCUGGGGAGCACGGAGGGCUGGUUCAAGACAUAGAGUCAGCAGAUGUCUCUUCUUUGUGUCCCAAAGAGCCCGGAGAACGCCCAGUAGUGUUUGAAGUUCCUGUGGCUACAGCUGCGCAUGUGGUCUUACCAUGUUCCCCAAGUUCAGCAUGGGCAUCCUGUGUGUGGCACCAGCCCAGUGGAGUGACUGCACUUACCCCCCGGCGGGAUGGGCUGGAGGUGGUGGUAACCCCAGGAGCCAUGGGGGCUUAUGCCUGUGAAUGUCAGGAGGGUGGGGCAGCCCGUGUGGUGGCUGCGUACAGCCUGGUAUGGGGCAGCCAGCGAGGCCCCCCAAGUCAGGCCCACACAGUAGGGGCGGGACUGGCUGGCUUUGUCCUGGGGGUUCUUGCAGCAUCCCUGACUCUCCUUCUGAUUGGUCGGCGUCAGCAGCGACAGCGACAGAGAGAACUUCUGGCCAGAGACAAGGUGGGCUUGGACCUAGGGGCCCCACCAUCUGGGACCACGAGCUACAGCCAGGACCCUCCCUCUCCUUCUCCUGAAGAUGAGCGGCUGCCCCUGGCCCUGGCCAAGAGGGGCAGUGGCUUUGGCGGCUUCCCUCCACCCUUCUUGCUUGAUCCUUGCCCAAGCCCAGCCCACAUCCGGCUCACCGGGGCUCCUCUAGCUACAUGUGAUGAAACAUCCAUCUAGGGCAAAUGAUGGCUAGCGCACAGGUGGCCCCUGCAGGGGAAUGACCAUUAAGAUGUUGGGGGUGGUGGGCCUGGAAGACCAUCAUGGCCUCUGAGCUCUCUUUUGGUCUUUGUGUAAUCACUUAGACUUUGUGUCUGCCCACUCUGGGCCUGGCUGGGCUCUGGUCCAAGCCUGUGCUUGAUUUCCUGAUUGCCAUGCGAGAUCAGAGCUGCAGUCUCCACCGAAUUAGGACUUUUCCCACGCCUGCCCUCUGAACUGCUGCGACCCCUUCAGCCUUGGCCCCCCAUCUUUGGCCCACUAGUUUGGGGAUGAGGAACAGAACAUGGCUAUGACUUUGCCUUCUGGUGGGCCCUGGCCUGAAGGAAGACCCCCUAGAGGUGGUGUGGGGCUAGUGUGCAUUAAGUGUUUUUGUUCAUUCUCUUUAGUUUAUCAGAUUCUCUGUGGGGAGUGCAUGAUCCCCAUGUCGCAACAUGAAAUAUCUGCCCUGAGAUGUCCCCUAACCCAGUUUUCCUUAUUCUGUAAAAGAGUGUGUGUAAAUACACAGGUGUUCGUUGGAGGCCUGGCCACAUGUGCAUGAAUGACUGGGCCAGUGCUCAGGUGUGCUCAUGAAGGGUCAGGAGGGGGAAGGUGGGAAUGGAGGCACUGCCUGCCGAACUUCAGACCCUGCAGCCAGUGAAGGAAUGGCUUUCCUUUCUAAAAGGAAAUAAACCACCACCCUGUUCCUAUCACCUCCUAGAACCCUUCUCUUGAGUAGAGAAAAACUCCCCAAGUGACCUUCUGGGUGGGAAGGACAGCGGUACAUGUGACCCCAUCUUUCUCUUUGUUUUUGCCUCCUGGCUGCCACCACUGCCACACACAGCUGUUCUUUCUCUGGCUGGAGUACAGGCUGGACCCCCUUCUUUAGCUCUCAUUAAAAAAAUUUCACAACAUUCUAAGUGUUAAGGGACAACAAAAGGGGAAUUUUCAUAGGAAAUAGAAGUUGCAGAAAAAUAAGUGUGUAUCAGUGACUUUACUCAGGUUGACACCCUUGCCCUAAAUCAGAAGUUCUCCACCUGGGGUCUGUGGACUCCCUGAAAUCGUAUGCAAAAUGUUGUCUGUACCUGUGAGUCUGUGUUUUUAUGGGGAUGGGGGGUUAUGGCUUUCAUCAGAUUCUCAAGGCCUUAACAAAGUUAAAGGACCACACCUCGAGGUCGCCACACAUUGGCCAAGCUGCGGGGGUGCCACACAGCGGCAGCUCUUCCUGCCCCACCAUCCCUUCCCUGUGGCCAGCCCCUGGACUUGGAGCCACAGGACUCCCUCCUGUUCUCCCGUCCCUGGAAGCUGGGCUCUUGUGUGUAUUUGAAGAUACUGUCAACUCCUACCAAACAUGAAGACCUCUUCCUGCUUCACAGCUCCCAGAUGCUCUAGGCUUCUCCUGCUCAGUCCUGGUCUUGGCCUGUGUAUGUGCCUCGUUCAUCCCUGGUGGGGGACCCCCUUGAGCUCCAGUGAAUGAUUCAGCCCUUCCCAGUUGAAGUUUCAACUCUACUUUCCUUGGCAGCAGCCUGUGAACUCCUCAAAAGAGUCCCCUUGGGUUUGGGAUUAUCAGUGGCUUUGCCACUAAUAAGUAUGAUUUUCAACAAGUAAUCUAAUGUCGGAACAUUGGUUUACUCAUGUGUAAAGUGGGGAUAAUAAUACCUACCUCAGGGUUGCUGCAAGGAUUAAAUGGGAAAACAUGUAAACAAUAAAGCACUAUCU